AUGGAAAAAAUCCUAAUUUGUUUCCUCUUUUUCUUUGUCUCAGUCCAAAAAAUAGACUCUUUUCUUUUCUUCAGGCGUUUUAACGUCGAACUUUCUAAUAAACUUGAAGGUAACAAAAUACUAGAGGUCACUUGUAGUGAGAAAGGAGUAUCGACCCGAGUUCAGUUUCUUGAUUUCAAUUCUAGUUUCCUAGUCAAAUUUAGAAUUUAUCCAAAAACGUUGAUAUGGUGUAAUUUAUGGAAGGGACCUAAUUAUGUGCACCAUGUGAAAUUUAACGCAUUUGUUGGAAAUGAGAAAUUCAUACAUGAUGUAUGUGGCAGUAGGAAACCUGACGUGUGUUUCUGGCAAGCACGAGAAGACGGAGUAUAUGUACGCAAUAAUCCAACUGGUGCCUUUAAAUUUAUGUAUAAGUGGGAUAUUAAUUAA